GAAUAAUUUUGUACAUCAUUAGUAGAAAUUUAUGAAAAAUGGAUGGUUCUCAGUUUGAAUAUCAUAGUUUUCCUCAAAGCUCUUUAAUGAGGAGUAGUAGUAGUGAUAGUAGUUCAUAUGGAAGAUUCUCUCCUGAACCUUUCAGCCCCUCUUCUUCAGAUGCUUCUUCUCCUCUCUUCACAAUUGAUGGGAACUUAGGGAAGCUCUGUACUGGGAGGAAUCACCGUAAGAAGCUUGAAAGAAAGGCUAACAGUUUAGCUUUCAGAAUUCGCGAUCACGUUAGAAUGGGGCCUAAAUUUUCUGAAACAGUAAAGGGGAAGCUGAGUGUAGGGGCCAGAAUAAUAAAGAAAGGAGGCAGAGAAAAUAUAUUUAGAGAAAUAUUUGGUGUUGAUGAGGGAGAGAAGCUGUUGAAGGCAUCUCAGUGCUAUUUAUCAACCACAGCUGGUCCAAUUGCUGGAAUUCUUUUCAUUUCCACAGAAAAAAUUGCAUUUUGCAGUGAAAGAUCCAUUACUCUUCACUUGUCUGCUGGAACCUUUUUCAGGACUCUGUACAAGGUUUCUGUCCCAGUGAAAAAGAUAAAAAGAGCAAACGAAAGUGAGAAUAUCGACAAUCCAGCACAGAAGUACAUAGAAAUAGUGACAAAAGACGAUUUUGAAUUUUGGUUCAUGGGACUUGUAAGGUAUGAAAAAGCCUUUAUGAAUAUACAGAAGGCCAUUUCUUUGUCCCAAUAGAUGCAUUUAAAAAUUUUCCUUCAAGACAGCAAAAAUAUUUUUCACUGUUGCUUUUAGGAAUCUCAGAAAACAAGAACUUGCAAAAAAAGACUUUCCUUAUGUCGUAAUAAUAGUUUGAGGUUGUAGUUUUUGUAUAUUAUGUUUGUAAUCAGAAAUUUGUAGUAUGAUAUGUAUAUUAGAAGAGUUUUAUGAACACUUUGAUUGUUCUUUUC